AUGGCUACGGCACAUGGUUCCACUACUCACCUUCCAACAGGUCCGAUGGCUGCCACCGCAGCAAUAACUGCAGACGAGGUCCAGGAAUACGAGCGCAUCUUGAAAAUCAGCGAUGACAUCUUCGCAGGCUCACAUCCACGCCUCAGGGUCCCCCAGCAAUUUGUGCGCAAGCCUACAGCACGAAAUGUCCAAAAUGGCACCGCGUCCACCCAACCUGCGAAGAUCAAGCCCUCGAACACCCUCGCUGAGCAUGUCGCCGUUCUUGAGACCUCGUCUGAAUCCCCACGUCGCAGUCAAGGUCAAGGUCAAGGCCCAGUGGCCAGCAACCUGCCGUCCACGGCCACCCGCAUAGCUCCCAAACCCGCCUCGGAAAUUGACCCUAUCUUCUUGACCAAGUCAGAUGAUUUGGUGAGAGCAGAGCUUCAGUUACAGAGGCAGAGGCUGGAAAGGACUUUGCGGGACCAGACGGAGCAUCUGAAGUAUGAGGUGAAGAACAAGCUCGCAGCCCAGGAUACGAAACCUGGUUUCAAUGUCUCGCAAUUGUUGGAACGAGCACUGCAAAUCGCGAAUCCCGUUUCUAUGGGCGAACCUCCCGAGACAAAUGGGCCGAGCGAUUCCUUCGAUGAAAAUUCCUUCUACUCCAGUAGAGCUCCUGACUCGACUCCGCCUCUUGAAGAGCAGCGAAGACCAUCUCCUCCGGUGGCACUGACUCAAGUGGCGGACACGGCCAAACGCGCCCCGGUAGAGCCAUAUGCAGAUGAGUUGCAGCGACUUGAAGCUCUGAAUCGAACUGGCUCUGAUCAGGAAAUGCAAGAUGCUUACUCUGUUGCUGACCAGCGCGCCCCUUACUCUCAGAAGCAGCCUCUCCCCGCUCAAAACCAGAUCACCCACCAACCCCAAGAGCCUCAGCAACUAGAUGUUCUGGACGAGCCUGAGUAUUCCCCUCCUGCCCCGAUUGCCCCACCUCUCAAUCAAAGAGCCGUCCGAUACCAAGAAGGUGUGGCAGGAAGUGUGCCGAGGCCCAGAUACACCGAACAGACCCGGUUCGCGCAAGAACCAGUCUCCCCGGCCAACAAUGUGAAGGUAGUUCGCAACCACAUCACAUCACCUGCUGCUCCGAGACCAUCGCGAGUUUCACCGCUAGCGACCGCCAAAGUACCCUCAGUUCAACAACUCCGAGACGAGCGCCUUAAUCAUGACUCUGACCGAAUCUACUCUGAUCCUGACUCCGGCCGUGGCAGUCCCAAUGGCCCAGCUCCGCAUAUCGUCUCUCGAAAGCGAAGGCGUUUACAGGGCAGAGGAGAGGAGUCUCCCCAGGUUUCCUCGAGAAUAACCGACGCCGAUCAAUCCGAAACGUUUAUCAAAGAAGAGCCGGUCUCGCCCCCUCCAUUCGCAGACGAUCCCGCCAUUGUCCGCAACAGGACGACCCAAGAACGUCCUGUGUAUAUCGACAUUGCUUCGCCACAAUACACGCCAGUGGCUGAGAGGCAAGAACAUCACGCUCAGCGACAAAUCUACGAACCAAUCUCUUACCAUCAACUCCCUGUUGGCCAGGGGCCACCACGAGCAGUUUCUUCUCGAAUGAGUACUAGGCGUCCUAUUCGUGAAGAUGAUGAUUUGCGCCGUGUUGCCAGUAUGCAGUACGCCAGCCGGUCAGAAUAUCCGAGGGAGUACCUGCCAGUCGACCCUAACAGCAGCCGCGCUGCGUCCUACUCGGUCAUCGAUAGGCCACAACCAGAACAUCCCGGUUACUACGAAGAAGUCCCUCAUUCCUAUGGUCCCAGGUAUGUUGCUGUGGACGACAUGUCUCAACCAAUAUAUCGCGAGCCAUACUAUGAGGAGGCACCUCCGCAGCGGGUCAUGGCCGCGCCUCGCAGGCGUAUUGUGGACGAGAAUGGCGUCGAGUAUGAGGAAGUGAUCCCGGCACAUAGGAUGCAGCCCAUGGCUCCACCCGCUCGACCCAUGUCCAGAGUACCGCGAGUCGAAACAUACGAUGACCGAGUCCCCGUCCGCGCCCCAAGUGUCCGUGCCCAAUCCGUCGUUCAGGAUCCAUACAUUGAACGCAGAUACGUGCAGGAGAUGCCACCACCACAACCACAAUAUUACCGUCGUGUCACGGCAGAUUAUGCCCGUCCCGUCGCCAACGAUCGACGAGCCUACGCCGCGCCGUUGGAAGGAGGCCACGAGCCCUAUUCUCGCAGCGGUAGCGUCCAAGUCGCUGAAUAUGUUCCUCGUCACUCAAAUUACGUAGAUGAGCCUCCCGCUCCUCCUUCCGAGAGAGUCAUGCGAACAGCAAGUGUCCGGCCCCAACUCGCUCGGUAUGAAGAACCACAUGAGAUUCCCCAGCAGCGGGUUGGAAGUAUCCGACCUGGGCCCAGUCGGGAUGUCAGUGUGAUCGUGGAUGAUCGUCUUAUGGGCGACUACGUUGAGAGGCCGUAUUAUAUUCGUGAGCGACGAUUUUAUGAUGGGGAGGAUGGAGGAUCUCGUGUGGCGUUAGAUGGUGCUGCGGAUUCUGUUCAGCGUGUUCAAGUUCCGAGACACUACUAA